AAACAUUUUAAUAUUUAAAAUGUUUAGAAAAUUAAUUAUGUCCCUUAAUAUAAUCCCAGUUUUCGUCUUUCUGGUUAUGCAGGAAAGAAUUUGAUGAAAUCUAUCAUGAUAAUUAUGAAAGACAUUGCAUUGUAUCAAUGUUUCCAUUUAUUUAGAAUUCAAUAUCCAUUUGCUCUUGUUUUAUUGCAAAGCACUGCCAGUAAGCAUUCGUUAACUAUGAGACGACGAGUGCGAACUCCCAGACUAGAGUUUGUUCGAUAUGAUCCGCACGUUGAACGAUGGGUUCUGUACAAAGAAAAGAUGAGAUUAAAACCCUUAUUGGAAUAAUCCAACUAUUUGCUGCUUAGUUUUGUUGUUUUUUGAAUGUAUAAAUUGUUGAAAAUAAAGACAAUGCAGAAAAUCUCAAGAAAUAUAUUAAAAAUGA